UCGGUUGUUUUGGUUUAGCAACGACGCAAGUUCUGACGUCCGCUUACCGUCUAUGCGGCCGUAUUUUUUCCACAAUUUUUAGUGAUACACUGAGUCACUUUGCCGCGAUAACAGUUAAUUAUCGUCACGUCACCUGCACUUAUCACACCAAGUUUAGCACUUACAUAAAGUAACUGAACGCCACCAUCUACAAGUUCAUUGUUAGUCUGACUCCCUGAGGAAACACAAGAAAUUAUAAUGGCAUACCCUGGUGCACCGGGUGGUUAUCCUGGGGGUCAAGGAGGCGGUUACCCUGGCCAGCAGCCAGGUGGUUACCCUGGUGGAGCUGGAGGCUACCCCGGAGCAGCCCCAGGAGGCUACCCUGGAGGACACCCUGGUUCCGCCCCUCCAGGUGGUCACCCAGGGGGCUAUGCUGGGGGACACCCUGGAUCCGCCCCUCCAGGUGGUCACCCAGGAGGCUACACUGGAGGACACCCUGGAUCCGCCCCUCCAGGUGGUCACCCAGGUGGCUAUCCCGGGGGCUACCCAGGAGUGAGCCCCGAAAUUCAGGGCUGGUUCCAAGCGGUGGACUCGGACAGGUCGGGCAAAAUCUCUGCCUUGGAGUUGCAGGCGGCUCUUGUGAACGGUCAGGGCAGGACCUUCAGCGACACAGCAUGCGCACUCAUGAUUGGAAUGUUCGACAGAGACAAAAGUGGAACGAUCGAUAUGAUGGAGUUCCAGCAGCUCUUCGGUUACAUAAACCAGUGGUUGUCUGCUUUCAAAGGAUUCGACCGCGAUAACUCAGGUUUCAUUGACGAAAGUGAAUUAACACAAGCUUUCAUGCAAAUGGGAUAUCGGUUCAGUCCCGAUUUUGUCAAGUUCCUCGUUGCCAAGAGCGACCCAGCAACCAAAAACAAAGUCUCCGUGGACCAGUUUAUUGUUAUUUGCGUCCAAAUCCAGAGAUUCACAGAGGCUUUUAAGACCCGAGACACAGAGAUGAGAGGAGUAAUCAACAUUGGUUAUGAGGAUUUCAUGACCAUAGCGCUUUCCGCUUCCGUCUAAAAUUAUUUCAUUUAUCUACGCUAUUCUGCAUUUCUUUAUCAUUUAGGGAAAUUAAUCGAUAAUGUUAAGUUGAAGUUGUAUUGCAAACUAUUCAAAAUAGUAUAUGCAUUAUUUGUUAUUUGGAAUUCACUUAAUAAAGUAAAAUGAUUUUAAAAUAA